AACUGUCAACCAUUCCAUCAUCAAAACAUACAGUUUGCAGAGUUCGGUCAAGCCCAAGUGGUGGAAUUCCUUAUGCGCGCUCGUUAUCAUACAAAUCUCAUCUUACAGUCUAGUGUUUAGUCUACUUGAAACCGUACUCCUCUGAACUCGGCACCGCGAUGACGGACGAUGUAAAACGAUUCUUCCACACGAUCCUGAAGCGCGUGACGGGACUGAACUGCAUCAUCAUCACGGAUCGAGAUGGUGUACCGCUGAUGAAGGUCGGUGAUGAUAAAUCAGUAGGCAUGAUCAUGAAACCAUCAUUCCACACCACCUUCACCAUGGCAACCGAGCAAUCGAACAAACUAGGACUCGGGAGAAACCGGAACAUCAUCUCCAUCUACACCGGCUACCAGGUUGUGCAGAUGAAUAAACUACCCUUGCUGGUAACGUUCAUUGGCAACGAAUGCUGCAACAUCGGACAUAUUCUUGCACUCGACCAGCAGAUAGAAGUGAUCCUAGAUGAGGUGAAAAUAGCUGUAACCGAGGCGUAAUACGGGAUUUACUAUUAUUUUUCUGUUGUAAACUAUAAAGUGAUAUGAGACUCAGUCGGUCCAGUUUCAAUUAAAAAAGUUUUUAUUUCAUUUU